AUUGAGCUGUACAAUACGCAUGACUAAACGAUAAUUUCUCAUUCAGAUGUUGUAUGUUCAGAGUUAAGACUAAAAAUAUGAUGGACUAAUAUUUAGACGAUUAUAGAGAAUUAGAUUUUGAGAUAUCAUUUUGAAAUAAUUUGGGCGAUAAUACAACACUUCAUAAAAACUAAGGUUAUUUCUACAGUGGCAGAGAGAAUCUGACGAGGAUGAUUGUUUUCAAACAAUGCGAUAACAUCGAACCUUUUGGCAAGUCAUUUUUAGAAUAUCACCCUGCUAGCGGCGGAGAUAAUGAAUCGAGGAGGGCCUCCAUGGGAAUGAACCUCCUACGGGAUCUUCAUAAUUUCAAUUUAAGCGAAGAUACUCAGCAACAUAAGUGGAGAAUUCAAAAAAUAUCUAUCUAUCCUGGUGAUCAAGGUUUAGAUGGUUCUGAAGGAUUAUGCAGCGAAGAAGAGUUGUACUAUAAAGAAAGGACUGUUGUCUGGAGCACAGGAAGAUUUGUCCGUAAGGCCAUAUGUUCGUUUUCUAUGAGAACAAGUGUUCAACAAGCCUUUUGGUGUUCAUUUUUAAUUUCCAAGAAUACUGGAAACAAAACAAGAGUGGAGACUGAAUCUGGAGUUGGUAUUGUAGAGAGGAGUGCUUUUUCCUUUUAUCAGAAAAAUGGAUGGCAUUACAAUGUGGCUGUCCCUUUUGCUGUUGAAAAAGCGUGGCCUAUUAUGAAUGGAGUGCUCAUUGAAUAUACCCAUAGUAUAUCUCAAUCAUCCAGCUAUGGUGGCUCAGCUUAUAGAAAGAAACAUCCGAUCCUUUUCAGUAUUUUGCAUCCGUUGCAAGAAGUCGUUCCGGUGAUUCAGAAAAAAUUAAAUACGAAUAAAGUGUCAUACGUAGAUAAUACAGAUUGGAGGGUAGUUCAUGUUUCCAUCGAUCCAAGCUUUAUAAUAAUCUUCGAUACUCUUCGAAGAUCUCAUUCCAUCUAUCUAAUAAGAAGGUGUCGUAAUGAAGAGAUAAGAUCAGUAAUGGGUCUUGCUGAAGAAACAACUCAAUCAACAACAAUUAUGUCAUCAAUGUCGAAAUUAACUUUAUCAUCUUACUCACCCAGUUCAUUCUCUCCGUCGUCUCUUUUUCGCUCUCCGAACAUUUCAAAAUUGUCAACUUCUAGAUUGUCUAUAUCUAAACCACACUCACCGUCUUUGUCAAGAAGAAGUCCAAAAAUUGGAUUUGGUUCAAGAUCUCAUCAGUCUACAACUCCGAAUCAAUCUAGAUUUCAGGAUGCAACAACAAGUAUGCCACCGGAUGGUUUAACUCCUCUGCAACCAGAUGUUUGUCUAGAUCAAAUGUGGAGCGAAAGUGGCAAUUUGGAGAAUCAUAGAGCAUCCAAAGCUUUUACAACAUGCGAUUUUUGUUUACAAAGAUAUAUAUGUUUAGUUGUUCCGAAGCAAAAUUGUAUCAAAUGUAUUAAAUUCGAAGAAACUAACGAUAAAAUGCAGUUGGUUUUGGGUAGCUUAUCUAUAGUUUAUGGCUUUGAUGCAGUAAACGUAGAAGCUAGAAAUAUGAUGUUAGUAUUGGAGACAAAAGGUAGCCUAGUCUUGUACAGUGGAGUCAUGAAGAUUGGGGAAGUUUUCCUCAACGGCAUAACAACAAACGUUCCAUUAGCAUCGUCGAGAAGACAAUCAUUAGCUACAACGGCAAUGAUGACUGACGACGAAAUGCAAGAUAUGCAAUUAUCUCCUGUUCAAACAGUUCAAGAUAUGGAGGGAGACGACCUACUGUUAAACGUGCUUUCCAGAAAAGGUAGUCUAUUAUCACUUCAUUCAAAUAUAAAUGAUACAGUGAUAAUAGAAACUGUUGCCAAUGAAUAUAUUAGAGUAUCAGUUCCGGCAAUUUCGGAAGAUUACAUUCUGUCAAAAGUUUUAAACGCUUUGCUAUAUUCCCUACCAAGGGAUUUGGGACUUAAUCUUAUUCAGAAAUGGUAUGUUAUGAAGACAUUUCCAGGAAAUGAAAAUGGUCGAUCAGAAUGGGAUAACUUUUGUUUUUGUUUAAUAGAAUCUUUUGGUAUAAAUUGUGAUCUAUAUUUUUUUAAAGAAUACGACAAUGGAGAAACAGGAAGAUACUGCGCAGAAGAUACGAAAAGACACAAGAAAACUGAUGAACCAUCUGACGAGGAUUGGAAUAUUAUUUUGGACUCUCAAAUUCAUCAGUUAUUAGACAGCGAAUGCUGUAACGUUCUCAAUCUACCUCCAACUGAAAAGUCCAACAGGGACACUAAUCAUUCGACUACAUCAUAUUCUGUUGAACCAUCAGCAUUUCUAUUACGCCAUAUUGGAACUGUUUUAUAUUCUCUACAUAUUAUUUACAACGAAUUAAUUCUGGAUAAUUUCUAUUCUAAUAGUUUAAGGCCACUUUCUCAGUUGCUUAUGUUCUUAGCAACUCAACUUCAAUUGACAAAAUAUUGCGAAAUGUAUAAAUUAAUUGAACCGUCGUUAUGGAAUACACAAUACGAGAGUGUUCAUCUUUCGGAUACAAUUAAGACGGCAGCCGUGAGUCAAAUUCCAAAUAAACCUCAAAAUCUAUUCGACUGGUGCUUGAAUAUUUUAACUAAAAAGGAAAUCACUCCUAUUGUCUAUAUUCCUGGACAAACCAAUUUAACCAUCAACGUUGCUGUAAUAUAUUGUGCGUUGAUGGAAGGCAAAAGCGAUUGUAAGUUUAUUUUGAAGAAGCUAUGUGCCGGACCAAGAGCAAGGAACAUAUGCAAAGAUUUGAUUCUACCGAAUAUCAAAUGCAAAAAUUUAACAGAAAAGCUGGUUCUUUUACUUGAUCAUUUUGGAGGUGAAGAAUUAAAAAUGAGAUUACCAAACGCCAUAUUAAUACCUGUUCUAGAAGCGGCUUUGUUAACUAAACCUACUCCUCCUUUGGAUUGGCCUAAGUCAGCGUAUUCUUUAAUAUCGAGACCAGAUUUGAAGCAGCAAAUGGAAUUUGAGUAUCAUUUUAUUGAAAGUAGACUAGACAUGGACGGAAAUGAGUUCUCAUUAAGAUCAGUAAAAAAUCCUAAGAGAUCCUUAGAUGGUAUGGAAUUUGUAGAGUUUGAUGAAGCUUUGCGACUUCGUUUUCCAAAUGAUAAACGUACUGGAGAGAUAAGAAAACUUCUAUGCACUUCCAAACCUGUCUUAAUUAAUAUGGUUCCAGGAAAAAUAAAGACUGAGAGUAUGGCGAUUGAGAAAAGAGAAGAAAUUUUAAAGUCCACCUUACCUCGAAGUAUGGCAUUAUCUGUCGGACGUGGAGCUUUCUCGUUAGGGACUUGUAGACCUUUGCCUACAGAACCACAUCCUAUUCCUGAACUCUGUUUGUGGGGUCGAGUAAUUCGUAAGCAAACGCGAGUUGAUCUUGGUGAAAAAGGAGAAAUGAAAACAAGAAGAAUUUGGCCAGACUUCCACAAUGGUGUAGCAGCUGCUUUGAGUAUUGGAAGUUCUAAGCAUAUUGAUUCUACAUGGAUCUUAAAUCAUAGACCCAAUAGUGGUUUACUUGUUGAUCAAUUAACUCCAUCUCAUUCUGGAUUCUUAUUGGGCCUUGGACUAGGUGGACACUUGGAGAAAUGCACAGAGGAAAUACUCCAUGAUUACUUUUCAAAGCAACAGGAGCUUGCGACAAUAGCUUUAAUUCUUGGCUAUUCGGCGGCCAAACGCACAACUCAGAAUGAACUUGCUGUCAGAACAAUUGCUCUUCAUUUACCCGCUUUACUCGUUCCAACUUCUACACAACUCGAUUUACCUUUGAACGUCCAGAUUGCCUCUAUGACCGGCAUAGGAUUACUAUAUCAGGGAAGUGGACAUAGUCAUAUGGCUAAAAUCAUGCUCAACGAAAUAAAUAAGCCAGCAGGUCCUGAAUUGGAUAAUAGUGGAGAUUUGGAAAGUUAUAGUUUAGCUGCGGGUUUCAGUUUAGGUCUAAUUUGUUUAGGAAAGGGGACAUCGUCAAUGAAUUCAUACGAAGUGUUAGAUUCAUUACAUCAUUACAUAAACGGCGGUUUAAAACGCGCAUAUACGGGUACCACUCAAGAUUUGUACAAAACUCCGAGCGUACUUGUCCAUGAUGGAGACAGCGUUAAUACAAAUGUUACAGCACCAGGAGCUCUGGUUGCAAUAGCUCUUAUGUUUCUAAAAACUCAUAAUAAAGCUGCAGUUGAUCUAUUACGAAUCCCCGAUACUCAAAAAAAUCUAGAAUAUGUAAGACCCGACUUACUUAUGUUGAAGAUUAUAAGUCGUAAUCUUAUACUUUGGAACGAUAUUUUACCUACAGAAGAAUGGCUACUAUCAAACAUACCAAAGGUUGUUAAGGAUGCUGCCGAUACUAUAGAAAAUCCAGAAAAUUCUGAUGAUGUUGACUAUGAAACAAUGUUACAAGCGUACGUGAAUAUUAUUGCAGGAAAUUUAUUUUCCUUAUCUCUGAAAUAUGCUGGAUCGAGUAAUAAAAUGGCAGCAUCAUUAAUAAAGCAACAAAUGGAGUUAUUUAUAAAAUAUUUAACAUCGGCAUCUUAUGCUAGAUAUUUACAAUUAGCUGGGAGAUAUACUGUUGAAAACAUCCUAAGUAUACUUAUAGUAGCACUCGCUACUGUUGAAGCAGGUUCUGGAGAUUUAGAAGUUCUACGAUAUUGUAGAUAUAUUCUAAUAGGCUUUAAUAACUCAAACAAGAACAAGCAAUUGUACGGUAGUUUUAUGGCGGCAUCUUUGGCAACUGGUUUUAUUUUGUUGGGAGCUGGAAAAUAUACUUUUGGAACAACUAAUUCUGCAGUAGCAGCACUCUUUAUGUCUCUAUUUCCAAAGUGGCCAAUACAUAGUUCCGAUAAUCGUUACCAUUUACAGGCCUUACGUCAUUUAUACGUUUUGGCUACGGAACGACGUGUAUUAUUUACAAGACACGUUGAUUCUACAGAAUUUGUAACAGUUCCUAUUGAAAUUGAAUUAAACGAUUUAAGUAUUUUGAAUGUUCAAGCCCCGUGCGUAUUGCCACCACUUGAAUUAAUUAGAGGAGUUAGACUAAAAUCAGAAAGGUAUUGGCCAAUAUCAUUUGUUGGAUGUGAAAUUGAAACCUUGAAAAAGAUACUUGCAAAAUCAUCAACACUUUUAUUGAAAUUGAGAUCUGGAAAUCUAUCAUAUGAUCAAGAUCCUAUGGGACAUCAUUAUCACUCUGAUACCGUUGAGAAGGAAGUUGGUAAUACACUUUAUGACGCUCUUCUUGAGAGAAAAUCUGAAAAGAGAGAUACAGCCGCUUGUAAACUUAUACAAGCAAAUGAAAUAAAAACAUUUACAUUCGAUCGUCAUUUACAUGAAUUUGUUAGAAUUAUAUUUGAAAAUGCUUCAGAUUGCAGAACUCAUCCAGUUGAAUUUAAGGCAAUGAUGCAUUUAUCAACAGCAAUUAGAGAAUGUGUUUCUCAAGAUAAAUUAGAAGCUUUAUCCGUCCAUUGUCAAUUGGUUAAUGACGUUUUAGUUAAACCAAAAGCUUCUUUAACACCUAAAAUAAUACUUGGAGUUAAAUUGAUCGAUAAGUGGCUGGAUAAUUGGAAAUAUCAAGAAAAUUCAAUUCGUUUUCUAAGCAUUGAAAUUGGAAGACUACUCAAAGAAAAUAUUAAUACAGCUUUGUACGAUUGGAUGAAAGAAAACAAAGAUAUUAUUCUAAAAUAUCUAAAUGGCCAAUGUUUUACGCAACUCUCCCAAUCAAAUGCUAAUAUGCUAAGCUCAAUUGUUGUUUGGUAUGGCCUAGAACACGGCUGCCUCGAAGGAAAAACAAUGUCUGGUUCAUCUAAAUCAGAGAUUAUGUUUAAACUAUUAUCAAUAGGACUUAAUAAGGAAGUUGUCCUGCAAUUAUCUAAUUUGAUAUAACUACUAUUUAAUAUUUGUUUUUUCUAUAACUGUGUCAAGUUAUCUACCAUCU